CGUCCUCCUCCUCCAUCACCACCAACCCCCCCCACCUCCUCCUCCAAAUCCCCACCAAAAAAUAUAAACCCGGGGGGGGGGGGAGGGUUUGGGUGAGUGAGGCCGGACAGACCCGACCUCCCUCUCCAGCUCCUGACGGCUUUCAGCAGCUUCACACACAGAGAGAGAGAGAGAGAGAGAGAGAAAGAAAGUCAGCCUGUCCCUGCCCCCUCUCCCUCUCCCUCUCCCUCUCCCUCACUCCCCACCAACAAAUAACAAAUGUAGCUUGGAAGAUGCUGAGUCCUGCGAACGGAGAGCAGAUCCACGUUGUGAACUAUGUGGAGGAUUAUCUGGAUUCAAUCGAGUCUUUGCCUUUUGAUCUCCAGAGGAACGUCUCCCUGAUGAGGGAAAUCGAUGCAAAAUACCAAGACAUCCUGAAGGAGCUGGAUGAAUAUUACGAGAAGCACAAGAGAGAGACAGAUGUAGUUCAGCGCAGGCGGAUCCUCCAUUAUAUCCAGCGGGCUCUGAUCAGGAGCCAGGAGCUAGGUGAUGAGAAAAUCCAGAUUGUUAACCAGAUGGUGGAGCUGGUGGAGAACCGGAGUCGGCAAGUGGACAGCCACGUCGAGCUCUUUGAAAACUGUGCAGAGAGCAACGAUGCCAACAACAAGUCCUCACUGGACAGGUCCAGGAACGAGGGCACGGCUCCGGCAGAGAAACCCAGCGCCAAGAGGUCCAGGAGGCAGCGUAACAACGAGAACCGAGAGAACGCGUCCAGCAACCAUGACCAUGAGGAGGCCAGUGCCGGAAUGCCGAAGGAAAAGAAAGCCAAGACGUCCAAGAAGAAGAAGAGAUCCAAAGCCAAGGCGGAGAGGGAAGCAUCUCCGGCGGACCUGCCCAUUGACCCCAACGAGCCCACUUACUGCCUGUGCAACCAGGUCUCCUACGGUGAGAUGAUCGGCUGCGACAAUGAGGAGUGCCCCAUUGAGUGGUUCCACUUCUCCUGUGUGAGUUUGAACCACAAGCCCAAAGGCAAAUGGUACUGUCCCAAAUGCAGGGGGGAGAAUGAGAAAACCAUGGACAAAGCACUGGAAAAAUCCAAAAAGGAAAGGGCCUACACCAGGUAGUUGCAGCACCAGCCUUUUCUGCUAUCUGUACAGCAACACAAAUUAAUGUAUAUUUAUUAUGGAGAGUUGAAAGGAUGGUGAGAGUGUAUCUGAAGGAGCCAUGAUUUCUGGAGACCAGUUAUUUUUUUUUUUUUUUUUUGCAAAGUAGAGAGAGGGGGGGAUAAAGGAGCCCUGGUUUUUAAGUCUCGUGUCCAACGCAUGGACUGUUUCUGUUUUGUAAAAAUAACACACCCUUUCCUGGGAAAAUUAUAAAACUGUCAGUGUUCAUUUUAUUUUAUUAUCAGCAUUUCAUCCUCACCAGGACAAAAAAAACAACAAAUUGGAGGAAAUGGUUUUAUUAAAAUAUUUAUCAGAAAUAGCUCCUUUUGUUUUUAGUUUCUCAGAUGUUGUAUAAAUGUACAGGUGCGAGCUUUUCAUGUAUAGUGUAUGAUUCAUAAGCAUAGGCCUUUAAUCAUAUUGUAAGAAAUAAUUUUAUUGUUACUUGUUCAACACAAAAACUGUACAGCUGUGAUAUAUAUAUAAAACAA